CUUGUCUGCUUUCAAUCAAUAACCUCUGGAAUUCAGAAAUACAAGUAGGUCCUGUCUCUGGCAGGCUGUACCACACUCUUGAGGGCGGGCUCCCAGGCACACUCGACGGACUCUGUCUACUCCUGGCUGUGUGUGUUUUCGCAGGUCUGACUGUGUUUUGAGCCCAUCACAAUGGCUGAUCACACUUCACCAGAUUAUUUCAGCUGCUCCCUGUGUGUGAACCUACUGAGGGACCCUGUGGCGAUCCCCUGUGGCCACAGUUUCUGCAUGGACUGCAUCAGCGGCUACUGGAACGAGGCUGACUACACAGGGAUUUACAUUUGUCCCCAGUGCAAGAUCACGUUCACCCAGAGGCCAGUGCUGCGGCCCAACGCCACUCUCAGCAUGGUGGCUGAGAAGAUCAAGAAGAGUGGCCUGAACCUCAACCUCAACACAUCCCAGGGGAACAUCUACGCCGGACCAACCGACGUAGCCUGUGAUUUCUGCUCUGGGAAGAAAUUAAAGGCUGUAAAGUCCUGUCUUAACUGUCUGGCGUCCUACUGCGAGAAGCACCUGAAGCCACACUACGAAUCAGCCACUUUCAAAAGGCAUAAGCUGGUGGAGGUGCUGGGAAACCUGGACAGGAAGAUCUGCCCGCAGCACCAGAAGUCCCUGGAGCUCUUCUGUCGAACAGACCAGAUGUGUAUCUGUGCUAUCUGCACAGUCAGUGAACACAAGGGCCAUGACAUCGUCUCUGCUGAGGCAGAGAGGGGUGAGAAACAGAAACUCUUGGGAAUCUCCCAAGCUGAGAUUAGACAAAAAUGCCAGGAGAGGGUGAAGGAGCUGGAGGAACUAAAGACUGCUGUGGAUUCACUGAAGAACUCGGCCCAGAGAGCCAUGGUGGAAAGCCAGAAGAUGUUUGAGGACAUGAUCCGCUCCAUUGAGAGGAUGAGGUCAGAGGUCACCAAGCUGAUCGGUAUCAAUGAGAAGGCUGCUUUCAACCAGGCCGAGGCUUUGAUCGAGAGACUUGAACAAGAGAUCGAUGAACUGAAGAAAAAGGAGACCGGCCUCAAGCAGCUCUACAGCACUGAGGACCACAUCCACUUUUUGCAGAACUUCAACUACCUCUGCACCCCCACUGAUGACGGCUUCAUACCCAGAGUGACCGUAAACCCUGACUUCUCCUUUGGGGCUGUCAGGAAAGCUGUGGCUGAGAUCAAGGAUCGCCUGGAGGAGUUUGGCAGAGAGGAGCUGCUGAAGAUCUCCAAGUCAGUGAGCGAGGUCCCAGUGUACACUACAGAGAGUCGAACAUUGGACAGGAGGAGCAGAGGCAAAGAAGUGGUGGACAACACCCCUUCUCCUCCUCCAGAGCCAAAGAGCAGAGCAGAUUUUGUGAAAUACUUCUGCCAGCUGAAGAUGGACCCUAGCACGGCCUACAAGGAACUGUACGUCUCUGACAACAGCAGAAAAGUCAUCCGCACCAGGGAGCUGCAGCCCUACGGUGACAACCCAGAGCGCUUCGACAGCUUCGCCCAGGUGCUGUGCCGAGAGGCCCUGUCAGGAGGCCGCUUCUACUGGGAGAUCGAGUGGAGCGGGGAGUUCUCCAUCGGAGUGGCCUACAGGAGCAUCAGCAGGAAGGGCAAAGGCUCGCUGUGUCUGCUGGGCUACAACGACAAAUCCUGGAGUCUGCUCUGCUCUGACAACGGUUACUCUGCCUGGCACAACCGGGUGGACAAAGCCGUCAGCGGCCCCCACUCCCCCAGAAUAGGCGUGUACCUGGACCACACUGCGGGUGUCCUGGCAUUUUACAGCAUAGGCAACACCAUGACCCUCCUGCAUAGGUUCGAAACCACAUUUGUUGAGCCUCUGUAUCCAGGCUUUGGAGUUGGAACCUCAGUCAAGAUCUGCAAUGUGAAAUAACCACUGAUAUCCGAGCUGUCUUUUUAAAAUAUCCUCCACGUGUUUCUCAUAAUAUACAGCAGUGCUUUUGGAAUAUAUAUUUUUGCAAAACUGUACCAAACCACAUUACUGAAGUUAUAUUUGAAGAAAAAUGUUCCUCCUCAGUGUGUUCAUACAUUUUUUUUAACGCUACACAUCACGUAUUACGUCAAAUCACGUUUUCAUGAUAGUUUACGAAAACAUUAUUAAAACACAUAAUCACACAAGUACAAUAUGAAGUGUUAUCCCUUUUAGCAUCUGAUCAUAACUGCUGGGUAAUAUUAUGACAUGUCAGUAUGUUAUAAACGUCUCACUGAGCCAGACCUGUAAAUGUUAUAUGUUGUAUGUGUAACUAUAAUAAAUGUACCCCGAGAUAACCUGGGGUACAUUUUCUCAUGAGGAUUUUUAUGACUGCAUAAUUAAUUUAAAACAUAUCGCAACCUUAUGAUCAUCUGAGUAAUACAGUAACAUUCAUUUUGGUGCAUUAACAGGUAUUAUUUUGGUUUCAACACAUUUUCAACAACAUAUUUCAUUGUCAUGUUCUGAUAUUAUCUGAUAGUUGUCGCAUCAGUUGCUGAAAGUCUGCAGUUUUUUUUUCACUUGAACUAACCCUUAUUUAAUUUGAUGUAUGUUUACUUAUAUAAUGGAAAACCAGAGUAUAAUUGAUAUCAAGAAAAGACUUGUUUUGUAAUAAAAUUAUUCAAUAGUUCUAAAUAAAGAGCUGAAUGAAUGGA